UAUAAGUGAACAUUGAUAAUUGGUAAGGCGUGAUGUGUGUGUUUGUGUGGUAAAAUUUAUAAAUCGAAGGUAUUACAAUUUCAUAUCAUGAGAAAGCUAAAGUUCAUCGAAAAACGCAAUUUGACAAUGAUUGCAUUUUCAACCCGCAUGUUUUUUAUGGGUGUUGAAUAUGCCGUAAUAUUUCCUUCUGUAUGGCUGUAUUUGAAAAUAUUCCAUGUACAAUAUUGGUAUCUUGGAUUGGUGCUGUCUGCUUAUAACAUGGUGGGUAUUUUAAGUACAGCUAUAGUCGGACGGUUAGCUGAUAUCACCCGUAAAGUAAAAUGGAUUUGCUUUUUAUGGAACAUUGCUGAAAUUGUGGGAAACUUCAUGUAUUCCUUGCCAUUUUGGGUGGGCUUUCCUCUGCUUGGUCGCAUGAUAGCUGGUUUUGGAGAAGGUUUCAUCUCUGCAAUGUGGGGUGAAAUGACUAGAGUCACGACAAAUGAACAACGUACACGCUUCUUCGCCAUUUUGAAAGGAUGCAAUCUCCUUGGUGCUGCAGUUGGACCUGCUUUUAAUCUUGUUUUACGCAAUAUUGAUUUCAGUAUUGGUUCGUGGUUUAUUGACUACAGAACAUCACCAGGUUUUGUGAUGGGUUUUAUUUGGAUUGUUGUCUCUUUACUUAUGAUCUUCUGUGUUUUUGACUUAUCGCUAGAACUACAAAACAAUUAUCAUCUGCUUCACGAAGAGCCUCCCGUCAAUCUAGAAUCUUCUCAAGCAAAACAACUCAAGAAAAAGAGAUCGAAAGAUCACCGGAAAUCUCCGAAGACGCAACCAAUCAAUCAGCCUGAAAAACGGACGAGUAAGAAGAAAUAUGUCCGUUCAUUAGCAGACUCUCAUCCUCCUCAGGAACCAAAAAAGACUCUGUUGUCUUUUGUCGAAGAUGCUCUUGCCUUGAAAACUAUAGGAAGUGAUGGUGCUGCAAAAUAUGGUGUGGAAAAUGAUGAUAUAGGAGACAUAAGUAAUGUCCAAUUUCGAAAAGAUUCCAUUGCAUCCCAUCAUACAUCACAUGGUGAUGAAGUAAUUGUUGAAUCUAAUAAAUCAACAUUCGGCUCGCUUUCGGAGAAUAGUCUGACGUCAUCUGAUAGUGAACCAGAAGAAGCUGUAGAAAUUGCCGCCAAAGUAUCAUUCAAAGUCGCUAUUUAUGAUAUGUUUUCGAAAAGUCACGUUGUAGCUUUGAUUUAUCUUCUUUUCUUUAUGUAUGUACUUCAUACUUGCCUUCAAGGUAUCACCCCUUUGAUUGCGGAAAAUGAGCUGUCAUGGAGUGUAAACCAAGUCAGUAUUUUAUAUACCGUAUGGGGAAUGGAGAUUAUCUUAGUUCUUGUUAUUCUUUGGUGGAUUUCUCCUAAAAUUUCCGACCGUGUCAUCUUGCUGUCUGCCGUCGUAUGUGGUUGUUUAUCAACUCUAUCCUUUAUCAUCCUCAGUUACUCCAUCCCUGGAAGCAAACUCUGUUUAUGUAGUUUUCUCAUAACUAUAUUUCUCGCCGGUAUAGGAAUCUCAGUCACUGUUGUUGUAGGACGAUCAUUGGUCUCCAAACAUACUGAAGCAGCCAAUCAGGGACUUGUACACGCAAUACUUACAUCUUUUAAUCGAAUUGCAGGUUUGACAGGACCUUUGUUUGGGAGUAGUUUGUAUACAGAAAAAAUAGCAAUGGCUUGGACACUAACUUUCGUCGAAGUUGUUGGUUUGUUGUUCCUGCUAUAUGUCUACAAGAAACUUAAAGUACAUUAAAUAGCCUAUUUUGUUUGCGUAUAGAAUAAAUUGCUUGAAAAUUUAGUCAUCAGAUCAAGAUUUUUUAAAUAUCAUGUUAAUAUGAUUGUAAUGAUUUUCAAGCAUUCAUUUGCUCUCCUUACAAAGAAACAGUCACUAUGUUUGAACCUACAACAUGUUAAAUAUAUAUCCGACGAAGUGUUAUAUGAUGAGGCCAACAAAAGUUUAGUGACGACUGAAGAACGGAAACAUUCAAAGAAGGCUACGUGUUGUAUGGUGCUAUAUUUAAUUAUGAUAUGUGGUACGCGCUCAAGCAAACAUAAUUAGAUAAUGAACGUCACGGGAGUUUAGUUGCAUUGAAUACAUCGAAUGCGAUAGGGAGCUAUUGAAAUUUCUGGUUAUUAUAUUAACAAAGCUUGCAUGUUGAGUUUAUUGUUUGUCUUCUCUUCGUGGCCGAAUCAUCAUGACCUUGUGAUCAAAUCUGAAAUUGUUAUCUGGAUAAAUAAAUCUACAAGUUUACAUAGUUCACUUAAGGAAGGCAAGAUUUAAAGUUUGAAUCAACUUGUAUCACGAUGGCGUCUUGUGUUGUUAUGUGUUUGGGUGAUAGUAGAAAUUGGAAACUAAAAAGAGAAAGUAAUGAAAUAAAAAUAGACUCGGGGAAAAGAAGAAAAGUUGAAAAUGUACGCGAUGAGAAAAAUCAUAGAAUGUCUCAAACUUACAAGAAACCGCUCUCAGAUGUAACCAGUAAUCAUGCACAAGAAAAAAUGAGUACUUUAACUGAGUCAUCUCAAGAUGUCCUUGGUGGUAAUAUUGGAAAAGCUGCAACAGAAAACCUUGACGACAGCGAAACUGUUACAUAUGUUAACAACCUAUUCAGCCCUGUGAACAAGUUACAAGCAAUACCGUUGACGCUUGGCGAGCUUCGUAGAAGAAGCCAGCAUCCUGAGUACUUUGGCCGGUCGGAGAUGGUUGCCUAUCUACGUCAUUCAAAAACGACUGGAAACGAUCUUGUGUCACGUUAUGAUCUUAAGACAAAAAAGAAAGGAAGCAAAGUCAAUGUCCUGUCACGAUUGUGCGAGAGAGAAGCACAAACUUUAGCCAGUGGCAUUCACGACAUCAACUGCGAGUACUUCCCCACUGAUUUCGUUGUUGAAAAGAUGAAAAAUAAAAUGGAAGAUAAAAAAGUGGAUGAAAAAAAUGUGAUAGUUGAUGUAGAGUGUGAAGAUAGGAAGAAAACAGUCAAUAGUACCAUUACAAUGUUGCAGAACUUAAGAAAAUCACUUGAAGAACCUGAUGAAGACAUAGCUGAAGAUCUUAAAAUAUUUGACAGAGCUACACACACUUUUGGUUCUCAAAAUAUCAACAAUCACAUAAACUUCAUUGUCAACUGCCUCACUCAACUUCAUGAAAAACUUUGAAGAGUUAAAGCAGUUUCAAACUUUCAUGGGAUAAAGGAGUUAAUGCAUCAAUUUUUUAUGCAACAAAUUGUGUGAAAUUCACCCAGAAACUGGUCCAUAGACCUUAUUUUCUAUCUAACAUAUUGCAAAUUUAUUUUUUAUUGAUGAUAAUGUUGCAGAUAUUGCACAUUAAAGGGGAAUAUUUUGAACAUUAAACAUAAUUAAUAUGCAAAUUAAUAUGAAAAAUAUGCAAAAUUAAACACAUCAAAGACUUGUAUUUUGUGACCCAGGUAAUGCCAACCUACAUUAAAGCUAGUUAUACAAAUGUAGUUUUAUAAAAUGUAUAGCAAGAUUACAUUGGAUUUAUCACAAA